AUGUGGAUGUACCCACUCGGCGAGGACGGGCUGCUGCCUGCGACAAGCUUUAUGUCCAGAUUGGAGCACCAUUUCGCCGCCCUUACGCCUUGGGAGAAGGUGCUUAAGGUACCCACAGUGUUUUGGUUCACUCCGCCGACGGCGGAGCACCUGUGGUGGGCGGCCGCCACCGGGGCGGCGGUUUCGUGUUUUGUGGCCUUGAGGGGGGCGGCGAAUUUCCCGGCGAUGGCUCUGCUCUGGGCGCUUUACCACUCCCUGGUGAACGUGGGCCAGACGUGGUAUUCGUUCGGGUGGGAGUCACAGCUGCUGGAGACGGGCUUCCUGGCCAUGUUCCUCGUGCCGUGGCUCAGCCUGUCCCGGUUCCCCGCGGGAUCUCCCACCUCACCGGUCUGCGUGUGGGGCUACCGCUGGCUUCUGUUUCGGAUCAUGCUUGGAGCGGGACUGAUCAAGGUCCGGGGCGACGCCUGCUGGUGGGACCUGACGUGCAUGGAGUACCACUACCAGACCCAGCCGAAUCCCAACCCGCUCUCCUGGUACCUGCAUCACCUGCCUAGCGUCGAAUGGCACAAGGCGGAAGUGGUUGUAAACCACAUCGUGGAGCUGGUGCUGCCGUGGUGUCUGCUCCUCAGCAGAAGCCCGCGCUGCGUCGCGGGAUCGAUCCAGCCGACGUAUCUCGCGUAUCUCGUGGCACAUGGCGCCGCGGGCGUUGAUGGCGCAUCUGUGCAACUCUUCCACCUGACCCAGCCGCAGGUUCAGGUGCGACACGGCUCCCCGCCCCCUAGGAUAGGCAGACGUGAGCUCUGCCUGGAACCUGGCGAAUGGCCUUCGCUGGCAGGAGGCCGCGAUUCCAGAAACCAUUCUCUGGAGAUCUUGUUCCAAGCGGUGUUGGUGGCGUCCGGGAACCUGUCGUUCCUCAACUGGCUGACGGCGGUGCCCGCAGUUUUCUCCUUCGACGACCUACACCUCGCGAGGCUCUUCCCCCGGCCGGUGCUCCGGCGACUCGUGUGCGGCCUUGCGGAGGCGGCGGCGGCGGCGGCGGCGGCGCCGACGCCGACGCCGACACAGGGGAAAGGGGAUGGGGGAGGGGGGGUAGCUGCGGUAGCGACUGCUGUGUCCGCGGGGCCUCCUGCUAGGACAGGGGAUGUUGUGAAGGAGAGUGGUGGUGGGAGCACCAGCGGAGAUGGCGGCGGAAAGCGGAGUGGAGACAGAACGGCCGUGGAUUCGGUUUCGGUUUCGGGUUCGGGUUCGGGUUCUCGUCCCGCUCUCCGUUCUCGGCCUGGGAUUGCUCGCACAGAGUCCACGCUUCAGUGGUCGUCUGAGUCGGAAGAAGAGAGCGAAAGUGGCAACAACAAUGCUGACGACGACAACGACGGCAUCCCAAGGGCGUCAGCGAUAGCCGGCAAGCUCGCCGGCAGCAGCGGCUACGGCCCUCGGGACUCGUUCCACGGCCUCCGCUUCCGGGGGUGGGCGGCGCACGGGCUGGUCGUUGUUCUGGUCGGGAAGGGGACCAUCCCCGUGGUUAAGAACAUGGCCGGCGUGGGGGGGGGGCAGAAGAUGAACAGCAGCUUCGACAGCCUGCGUAUCGUCAACUCCUACGGCAAUUUCGGGAGCGUGACAAAGACGAGGGGAGAGGUGGUCCUCAAGGGCACCCGGCACUCCAACCCUCUCGACCCGAUGGCGGAGUGGAAAGAAUACGGCUUCAGGUGCAAACCUGGGGAUGUUGACCGGCGGCCGUGCGUAAUCAGCCCGCUCCACUACCGCCUUGACUGGCAAGUGUGGUUCGCGGCUUUCCAGACCUACAGGCACAACCCGUGGCUGGUGAACCUCGUGUCGAAGCUCUUGAGCAGAAAAGACGAGACCAGGACUCUCGUGGGAUCGCUGCUGGACUACGACCCGUUCGCUGACGAUUCGGGGAUCGAUGGCGAAGACGGCGGUGGCGGGCGUCCUCUGUUCAUCAAGGCGGAUCUCUACCUGUACGAGUUCACCCCCCCGCGGGGCUGGUUUGCCGGCACGCCCGCCUCGACGACGCCAGAGGCCCAAGAAAGGACCGGCGGCCACGAAGACGGGAACGGAGACCAACAAACGACUCCAGCUAGGGAGACAACCUCAUCAUCAUCGUCAUCGUCAUCAUCAUCAUCAUCAUCGUCAUCUUCCGCGAACUUGGGCGGCGGCGGUGGCGGCGGCGGCGACGACGAUGGGCGAGAGACGGGCGCGUGGUGGACUCGCCGCUUCGUGCGGGAGUACCUGCCGCCGGUUGGGCCGGAUAACCCCUCGCUGCGGCAGUUCCUGGCGCAGCACGGCUUGGCGUAGUAGAAGUAUGGACGCAUCGCGGAUUGCUAGCAGUGGCCUCUUGUGUCUCGUUGUUACUGCUGGGUUGAACUGGGGUGGGGAAAGCUUGUCGGGUUUUGUUCUCUGUCUUGUCUUUUUGGUGCUGAUCGGCAUGUGAUGGUAUGCUGUUGUUGUAUCUAUCUGUCCUUUUCUUGCUUACGGUAGUCUUGUGCAGCCUUUUGGUGUUGAUGCUUCUCGUUGCUAUGUUUGGCCAUAGCACAUGGCCAUGUAAGUACUGUUUAUGGGGAUCGGCCCGCGUGGAGGGAAAAAAUGCCUCUUCCCGAAAAGACGAUGGAUGGGUGUCCCAACCCAGUGGGCCUGAAAGCCGUGUGUGUGUGUGCUGGCUGACGGACAUGGGUUCUUUCGCACCCCCCCCCCCAUCGGACUCAGGCGUUACCCUCCACCUGCCCACCUCACGCUCUGUAAGGGGCCGUACACGGUUCGGCGUAGGGCAACGCGAUGCAGAACACCGGGCUGUUGCGCUGGGUCUGGGUCGAAGAAUAACGAUGCGUGGCACGCCCCUUUCCCUCUCCACCGCAAUGGGAGAAUGCGGCAGGAUGUUUUCGAUUCUUUCCGAACCACGUUUGAUCGAACUUGUCCGGCUGUGGUGCUGUGCUGAUCGAGUUUCGGCGUCGGUGCGCAAGGUGCGUGGAGAGUGCAGGGCGUACAUGGGCCAUCAGGGAUAGCGGUUUUUAGGGCGGCGGGCGAGUUCAUCAAGCACCGUUGCGCCAACCGUAGCGGAGGGGGGAUGACGGUGUAGGCCUGUGAUGCUGUUUGUCUACUCUUUUCCACACCGAUUUUUCGGUCGCUGCUAUCUUUGCGCGCGCCCUAACUCCGGUAGCGUUCGUGUGUACAAGUGUAAGUGGUACCCCAAUCGUGUGUAAAUGCCGCCUGCAGCGCGCGGUAGCUUGUAGGUACGAGGUGUUGUUGUCUUGGCGUAUUUACC